GAUGUUGUUAUCACUCAUCCAAAAAGCUGUGGGGAGGAAUCAUAAACUAUGUGUGCUUAUUUUAGCACUGUGAUGAUUCCUGUUUCAAAAAAAAAAGAUUAAUUGUAUGACAGGUCAGUGUUGUUGUGGGAGGAGGGUCUGGGCAGGUGAUUGGUUGGAAAACAUCACUCCCUUGUCUGUUAGAGGGAGAGACUUUAAAACAGACCUACCUGAGCCAUUUGAAAUUUCUUACAGAGAGCUUUAACAAGCAGGUGAAAGAACAUGAGGAAAUACGGCUGGAAAGGUUUCAAGGAUUUAAUUUUCAGAAAUCCUGCAGUUGUCGACCAGGAUCCACAUGUGGAUGAUGGGGAUGAGAACACUGAACGUGGGAACUGGGCCAGCAAGAGGGAGUACAUCCUCUCUACAAUCGGCUAUGCUGUUGGACUGGGAAAUAUCUGGAGAUUUCCAUAUUUGGCCUACAAGAAUGGAGGAGGUGCCUUUCUCAUCCCCUACUUUGUGAUGUUGGUGGUGACUGGAAUCCCUCUUUUCUUCCUGGAAAGUGCCUUCGGUCAAUUCUGCAGCCAAGGUCCAAUUAACAUAUGGAGAGCAGUGCCUUUACUGCAGGGUGUUGGCGUUGCCAUGGUUACGGUGACACUAAUAGUAUCAAUUUACUAUAAUGUCAUCAUUGCCUACAGCCUGUACUACAUGUUCGCUUCCUUUCAGUCUCCUCUGCCGUGGUCCAGCUGCUUCAGCUGGGCUGACAGUAACUGCAGCACCACGCCUAUAGUGUCUUGUAAUGUAAGUGGCGUUGUAGUGGCCAACUGGACUCAGGAAAACAGCACUUGUCCUUCAUCUGAUGUGAUCACAGUUCCAGUGCAGAGUCCGAGUGAGCAGUACUGGGAUCGUGUGGCUCUGCAGAGAUCCAGUGGUCUCGAUGAAACAGGACCAAUAGUUUGGCACUUGGCCCUCUGUUUGUUGCUGAGCUCAAUACUUGUUGCUGGAGCGCUCAUCAGAGGCAUCAAGUCAUCAGGAAAAGUUGUGUAUUUCACAGCUACAUUUCCUUAUGUGGUGAUUUUUAUCCUGCUAAUCAGAGGUGUGACACUAGAGGGAGCCAGAGAUGGGAUAGAGUUCUACAUUGGCUCUCAGUCCAAUCUGACUAAACUGUCAGAGGCACAGGUCUGGAAAGAUGCAGCAACUCAGACCUUCUACUCUCUUUCUAUUGGCUGGGGUGGAGUCAUGACUCUUGCUUCCUAUAACAACUUUCACAACAACGUGUUUAAAGACUCAUUUGUGGUCACACUGACCAAUGCAGGCACCAGUGUGUUUGCGGGCUUUGCCAUAUUUUCAAUUCUGGGUCAUAUGGCUCACAUCUACAAAAUGCCCGUUGGACAGGUUGUAAAGGAAGGGUUUGGCCUGGCAUUCAUUGCAUAUCCAGAUGCUUUGUCUAAGCUUCCCAUUUCCCCUCUGUGGUCCAUUUUGUUCUUCUUCAUGCUUCUGACUGUCGGUCUGGACUCUCAGUUUGCAGGAAUAGAGGUGAUCACCACCUGUCUGUUAGAUGCCUUCCCAAACAUCUUCAAAUCCAAACGUGCCCUAUUGACUAUAACGACAUGUGCCAUCCUCUAUCUCCUUGGCCUGCCAUGUGUGUCACAGGCAGGAAUAUACUGGGUGACUCUAAUCGACCAGUUUGUUGCCAGCUGGGUGCUCCUAGUUUUGGCCCUCCUGGAGAUCAUUGGUGUCUGCUACAUAUAUGGAGGGAACCGUUUCAUUAAAGACAUUGAGAUGAUGCUUGGAAAUAAGACCUCCACUUUCUGGCUGUGGUGGAGAGCGUGUUGGUUCUUCAUAAGUCCCUGCAUCAUAGUGGUGAUCCUUGUCUGGUCUCUGAUGACAUUUAAACCACCUACCUAUGGAGAAGUCCAAUUUCCAGUCUGGGGCUUGGCUCUGGGCUGGUGCAUGGUUGUGUUCAUUCUGUUCUGGAUUCCUGCCAUCGCUGUGUAUAAGCUGAUGAGAGCGAAGGGAAGCCCCUGGAAGCGACUGAAAUCACUGUGUUCUCCGUCUGAAAAAUGGCAUCCCUACCUGGAUGUCCAUCGAGGAGAUCGCUACUCAGAGGAACGCUGCCGCCGCAGGAAAAGUGACUUAAAUAGACCAGAAGUAAAUGUAAAUGUAAUUUCUAGCUCAUGGCUUUAACGUGUGUUUUUGUAUGUUUACUCUCUUCCCUUUGGUGGAACAGCAUCACUCUGUGGACACCUUGUACUGAAAAUUAAAGCUGCUUUAACUGAUUUUUGACCUCCAGGAGGAAGAGAGUAACUCAAAUGCAAACCCAUUGCAGAUUACAAAUGUCUAAUGGCUGUUGAUUUCUAUUGUGGCCGUUGAAACAGAGCAACAUGGGCAUCCCAUUGUUCUCCUCCCUGUCAAGUACUCCACCUUUCAGAUACCUACAUUCACGUUUGUUUUAGCUGAGGUUUUGUAAAAAAAAAAAUAUCUGAGUCUCUUUGACUCUUCUUCAUUAGCCACAUUUACAUCACCUGCUGGGACAGGUAGUAUACAACAAGGUAAUGUGAGUUUAUGUGUUUACAGUAAAAGAGAGUGAGCCAUUUUAGUUCUCAGCCACACAGAUUGAAGAAGCAAAACUAUGAGUGGUAGCUGAAAGCUAGUUGGUACAAUAAUGGCAAUGCUUUCAUGUUAAAGGGAAUCAUUUGAUUCAAUUUAUUUAUCAAAAAAUGCUGCUUAAUGGGGCUUUAGAAUCAGGUAAUAUUCCUUAUUUUGUCAGAGAUCUAGGGUUUGUUAUUUAUUCACUGUUUUCACCUGAAGUGUUUAAUAUUAUAUCAAUAAUGAUGAUUUCUGUUCAUGCUUGUCUUUCCAUGUCAGGUACCACUUCUUGUUAAUUAGCUAAACCAUCUGUUCCUCACCUCUGAUAUUCUACAAUAAAUAACUUAUUUCUGCCUCUCUGA